GUUGAACCGGACCUCUCCCGCAGCUCUUCCUAAUUCCUAGCCCCGGCAAUCUCAAACUUAAACUUUAUGGGAGGGAGGAGGUCGUAAAAUUAAUCAGUUUUGCUACUAGCCGCUGCUCUCAGUUCUCAACUCGCCAUUUGCUACAAGCCCAUCUCUGGUUCUCAGAAAACUGGUACGGAGUAUUUUUUUUUUAUUUCGGAACUCGAAUUGAGUUGGAGCUUAAACAAUCGAAUAGUCUUAGAUAAAGGAGCUAAAGUGAAAAACUUGGAUUCCGGAUUCGUUUUCCGACAGGCCGACUGCAUUGUGUUGUUCAGGCAUUUCAUCAUACCUUGCUUCUAUCCAUGUCAAUCACAUCGCCUCUGUACAAAUCAAUCUUUUAUCGUUCGGCCUCUUUCUUCUCUCCCUGUUGUUCAUUUCAUUGCUCAAGUUCGACUUUCCCUGAAAGGAAAUUUGAUUUUUUAGAACAGUUUUCUCCUAUUCAGAAUUUACCAAACUCCGAAAGUUACACUUUGAUUACUUCAAACGAGAGGCGUAGAAUCCUUGUAGGGCUAUCAAAAAUGAUAAAGAAGGAAAAUGAUUAUUAUUUGAGUGCAUUUUCCAAGAAGUUCUGCCCAUACUGUCUUGUAGAAAUCAUGAUAUCAUUCCAUAAUCGGGGAGUUGCUUUUGCACUCUUUAAAUAUGUAUUUCGAGACCAUUCGGAGAGUAUGGUGCGAUCGUGUUCCGUAGCUGCCCUUCUGUUGGAAGCUAUGGAUCUUAGGUUGAUGUCACAAGACAUGCUUUCAUGGAUAAUUAGGAAGAUUGGGGAAUAUAGAGGUGAUGAAGUGGUAAACUUUACAUGGCGCGAACGCAGUUUAUAUCAAUUAGAUUGCUUUUCAGUACUUAAUUCAUUAAUGCGAGCAUUUUUAAGUUCUGAAAUGACUUCUGGAGCUUUGAAGGUUCUGGGUAUGAUGAGAAACGCUGGAUUGCAGCCAAGCUUGUCAGCCAUAAGUAUUCUAUUCAAAUUAUUGCUUAAGUUCGGCUAUCAUGAUAAUGUGUGGAUUUUAUUUCGUGACAUUCUGAAUAAGGGGCCUUGCCCUAAUACUUAUGUAUAUAACGUGAUAAUUCUUGGGUUUUGUAAAAGAGGGUUUCUUCAAAUUGGAGAGAGUUUGUUCCAUUUAAUGAUAAAGUUUGAUUGCGAGCCAGACAUUGUGACGUAUAACAUUUUGGUAAAUGCAUAUUGUAUGAAGGGUUUGACUUCAGAUGCAUUGAAUUGGAUGAAUAUGAUGAUCGAACUUGGUGGGUGUAACCCUAACAGCAUAACUUUUGGUACAAUCAUUAACGCUUUGUGUAAGGAGGGGAAAAUUCUCGAAGCUAAGAAGAUCUUUGAUGGAAUGGAAGAAGUCGGCGUUUAUGCAAGCAUUGAAAUAUAUAACACUUUGAUGGAUGGGUAUGUUAAAGCAAGAGAAAUCGAUAAAGCUAAUGCCCUUUAUGAAGAAAUGGUAAAGAAAGGAAUCUCUCCAGACGGUAUAACUUUCAAUGUCUUGGCGGGAGGAUAUUACAAGUAUAGGAGGGAAAGCUGUACAGACAUAUUGUUAAGAGAUCUAAUCACGAGAGAACUAAUUCCAGAGUGUUCAUUAACCGAUGUGACAAUUUCUGGACUGUGUUGGUCCGAAAGGUUGGAUGAGGCUGUAGAAAUGUUGCAUAUUAUGCUUGAGCGGGGAAUACCUCUUAGUGUAAUUUCCUUUAAUUCCAUCAUUGCUGCAUAUAGCAAAGUGGGGUUAGCAGAAAAUGCAUUUGGUAUCUAUAAUAUGAUGGUGAUGUUUGGCCAUAUUCCGUCUGCCUCCACAUGCGCUUCUCUACUCAUGUGCUUGUGUACAACGGGGAAGCUUCAAAAAGCAAAGGAACUUAUAAAUAAGAUGAUUGCAAUGGACUUCCCUAUCAGCAUAAUCUCAUUCACUGUGCUUUUAGAUGGUUAUUUCAAGAGAGGGGAUACUGAUAAUGCUACAAUUUUGUGGGGAGAGAUGGGAAGAUUGGGUAUGACUCCUGAUGUUGUUGUGUUUUCUGCGUUUAUUGAUGGGCUAUGUAAAAAUGGGUCUAUCGUAGAAGCUUAUAAAACAUUUCUGGAGAUGAAAACAAAGAAACUAGUGCCAAAUAAUUUUGUGUACAACUCUUUAAUUGCUGCUUUUUGUAAGAGAGGAAGAUUGGAUGCAGCUUUGAUGUUGGAGAAGGAGAUGAGAGUGAAUGGUCUUAUCCCUGACAUAUUUACAAUUAACAUCAUCAUUAAAGGGUUAUGUAAGCAGGGAAGGAUGCAAUCAGCUAUAGACACUUACAUUGAGAUGCAACAUAGUGGAGUAAGACCUGACACUGUUACUUACAAUACUUUGAUUGACGGAUUCAUUAAAUCAUUUGACAUGGCUAAAGCGGACAACAUAGUGAGUAAAAUGUUUGCGAGUGGAUCGGAACCGGAUAUUACUACCUAUAAUAUAUGGCUUCAUGGUUGUUUCACUACCAAGAAGAUUAACCGGGCUGUUAUGAUGUUGAAUGAGCUUAUUUCUGUUGGGAUUGUUCCAAAUACGGUUACAUACAACAUUAUGAUGAACAUUGCAUGUAAUGAUAUACUGGAACGUGCUAUGAUUUUGGGUGCAAAGUUGCUUAAGAUGGCAUUUAUCCCAAAUACUGUCACAGCUAAUUUACUUCUGUCUCAACUUUGCAAACAAGGGCUACCAGAGAGGGCGUUAAUGUGGGGCCAAAAGUUGAGCGAAAUCGGCAUCGAGUUUGACGAAAUAACAUAUAAAAUAUUGGACAGAGCAUCAACAUCUUGUGAUACUAAUAUAAGGCCUUAUACUGAUUAUUCUACAGGGAUGACGGAAAAGAGUCUGUUUGUAGACAUUCUCAUGUACAUUACCUGUGACUAUUUGGGUAGGAGAAGAGCUCAAUAUGAUAGCACUGACUAUUCUGUUGAAAUUGUUGAUGCACCUGGCGGGCCUUUAAAGCUGGUGAACUGGGUGAAUUUGUAAUAAUGUAAAGCAUUAAGAGAACCAAAAGAUUGUACUUUUUUUGAGAUCCAACCUGAAACAUACAUGGUUCAAAGGGAAAGAGGGGGUCAUUCCCUUUGAGAAGGAAGGUCCAGUCUGAAGACCAGUGGGAGGUCUUCAAAUGAUAAAUUCCUACUACCUCUGUCCCACUUAAGGUUCCCGUCCAUUAUUCUCCGAUCAAGUAUAUUGGCAGAGUUAACUGUGAUGAACCUGUACCAACAUCUUCCAUAUGCUGGAAAGUCAAAGAGUUCAGUAACAAAAGUGAGAGUAAAUAUUCAAGGUGCCUGGUAGGUGGUCGGGUUUAGUGGAUUUGUGGUGUAACGAGUGUUACUGUUUGAGGAAACUGACAAAAUUACUUGACAAAGCUAAAGUUGAGAUUCUGAGAGACAUUGGUUUUUUAAUGUUCCUGAUUCAGCUGAUUCCACCCCCCAUUGGUGAGAGUACAUAUUGCGAAGUGUAUUUCAAAGAUUUACGUCCAUAUUUAGAUUGGUUUCUAGAGCAGCAGAUCUUGGUUGGAUUUUGCCUACAUCUCUGAAAACAGAAAAGGAGGAGACUGGAAUUAAAGUGCACAUGUAAGGGGAUUCUGAUAACAGGGAAAGCAGCUAUGCUGCCACUGAAUUGAAGUUGAUGGUCAAACCAAUGGAGGAGUCUGCUUGAAUUCUGCGGGACAUUUUGAAGCAGCUAUUAUGAAUUUGGAGCAAAUGACAAACAAGGUUAAGUGGCUUAAACCAAUGACACGACAAGUUUCAGAAAAUGCAAGUUAAUUUUAUGGGAAAAUUACUAUUAGCCGGGUAAGAUUAGGUCAAAAUCAUUAAUUCAACCUCACAUUUUUAAACUUCAAUUAAUCACCCCUCGAAUUUUGGUUAUUCUCACAAUUUACCCCUCCAAUCAACAUUUAGCUGUAUAUAAUUGUUAAAUAUAAUGAUUUUUUUCUAAAAUUUACCCCUACAAUUUACCCCUCGAAGUAUGUUUUUAAAAGUCAAGAUAAUCCAUCAUCAUGAUUGUAAACCAUAUUUGUUUCUCGUUAUUUCAUCUUUCCUACUAGAGUGCUAGUUGAAGAAGAGUCAUUGAGUAUAGUUGAGCCGGAAUUACAAAUAAAAUUUAAUAUUCUUGAUGAAGAAGUGUCUGGAAUAUUUAGAACACAUAUUUUAAACAACGUUCUUC